AUGAUCAGUGAUGCGUCAAGUGCAGCAGAGUUCUGUGGAGACACUGAGUCAGUGUUGUCCCUGAAUUCCAGUGUAUUCUACAGUGAACCCCCUCCACCUUCUGACAAUCCACUGGACUUCUUUAUCAUUAAUGUUGGAGGAAGCCGCUACAUUCUCUCCCAGGAGUUGCUGGCUUCUUACCCAGAGACUCGCCUGGGCAAGCUGGCGCUUUCCACCCGAGACUCAGCUUUAGACUUGUGUGAUGAUGCAGACCUUCUGGAAAAUGAGUUUUUCUUUGACCGGAAUUCUCAAACCUUCCAGUACAUCAUGAACUUCUACAAAACAGGCCAUCUACAUGUUAGAGAGGAACUAUGCAUAUUCUCCUUUCUUCAAGAAAUUGAAUACUGGGGCAUUGACGAACUCUGCAUAGAAAACUGCUGCAAGGACAGGUAUUACCGCAAGAAGGAAAUAAAGGAAUCUCUAGAUAUCAAUAAGGAUACAGAAGUUAUAGAGGAUGUGGAGGAGGACUUCACUGGAGUAGUAUGUCAGAAUUUUCGUCAGCGUCUCUGGAAUCUAAUGGAGAAACCCGAUUCCUCAAAGGCAGCAAAGAUAUUUGGAAUGUUAUCUAUGUUCUUUUUGGUGGUGUCCAUUGUAAACAUGGCACUGAUCUCUUUGGACUUCACCGUUCUUGGUGCAACCGUGUUGGAUAUCCUGGAAUACAUCUGCAUUGUUUGGUUCACAGGGGAGCUGGUGCUGAGGUUUAUGUGUGUAAAGGACAAAUGUAAGUUCAGCAGGAGUGUAGUGAAUAUCAUUGACCUGUUGGCCAUCCUGCCCUUUUAUGUCACCCUUGCAGUAGAGACUCUGCAUGGAGGUACCACAGAGUUGGAGAAUGUGGGCCGGGUGGUUCAGGUUCUGAGGCUGUUAAGGGCUCUCCGAAUGCUGAAACUCGGACGACAUUCCACAGGUUUGAAGUCUUUGGGCAUGACAAUCGCCCAGUGUUAUGAAGAAGUUGGCCUGCUGAUGCUCUUCCUCUCUGUAGGCAUUUCCAUCUUUGCCAUGUUGGAAUACGCAAUUGAGCAUGACGUGCCAGAGACGACCUUCGUCAACGUACCAUGCGCCUGGUGGUGGGCCACAACGUCCAUGACUACAGUGGGUUACGGGGAUAUUCGUCCAGACACUACCAUUGGCAAGGUCAUGGCUUUCAUCUGCAUUCUUUCAGGCAUUCUCAUUCUUGCCCUUCCCAUAGCCAUUAUCAAUGACCGUUUCUCAGCCUGCUACUUUACACUGAAGAUGAAGGAGGCAGCCCUAAGGCAUGGAGAGGCACUAAAACGCCUGACACGUAACUCCACCUCAGAUGGGACUCAGUCAGCGACGGGGAUCAAUCUGCGCGAUGCUUAUGCCCGGAGUGUGCUAGAACUGAUGCGGCUGCAGGGUAGAAGGAGAGCAAGUACACGCAGCAGCAUAGGAGAUGAUGUCUGGUGGUAAUACAGCUGAUGACAAGGAAAAUACUGCAAAACAUACAUUUACUUAAUACUCACUAAUAUCAGAAUUCUUACUUCUGUCAUAUAUUUAAUUCAAAGAAAAACAAAGUUGUGAUCAUAGAGCUAUUUAAUUUCAUGUAAUG